AUGGAAUACACAUAAGAUUAAAUUCAAGAUAUUAUUAGUUUUGUGGCUCAAAAGUGGGAUGAAAGACAGUUUGAUUAAGCAAAGUCUAAAUUUCACUCUAUUGUUGAAAUAGAUUAUACAUCUUUAGGAGCCCCAUCAGUUACAUAAGAUCCAAUUGAAAAUUUAUGUAAUAAUUGGAAAAUCGUUUUAAGUGGAUUUGAUAAAACUUUACAUACUGUGAAAGUGAUUUCAAUUGAGUAGGAGAAUGACUUGAUUGUAGUGAAUUCAUCAGUGAAUGCUUAUCAUUUUAUAGCAAAUGUAGAGGAAGGAGAUGAAUGGAUAUUGAAUGGACAUUAUGUACACAAAUUAAAAAAUAUUGAUGGAACUUUGAAGAUAGUGUAUAUGAAAUUGUAGGUAGAUGAAUAAAAGGGUAAUCUAAAGUUAAUAUUGGAAUCAACCAAAAGAACAAUGUAAUGA